AUAGCAAUUAACAUACAGUAUCUCCUAAAUUUGGAUGAUGAAAGUGCUUACUCAUAAAAAAUCAGGGGUUCCGAAAAGCAAGUUCUUGUAAUUUCACCUAUAAUACAUUGUAAAUCCUGAACUCUUAAUCAGAACAGAGACCAUCUCUCUUCUUGGUUUGCACAUGCCGGUGAAAAUCAAAGCUCCUCCACCUUUGGCUCAAGGUCAGGUGUGGAAGUGGUGGUGGUGGGGGCCUUCUGCAGGACAAACUACAACUCCCAGGAUCCCUUGGUGGUAGCCCCUGGGAGUUAUGGUUCGUUGUCGGCUGUGUCCUUCCGUCCUUCCACCAUUGGAACACACGCUCUGAACUCCCACUCCGGAUAAAUAAAGCGCGUUUUCGUUUCGUGAAGAUUUGUCUCGCUUUGUCAUUUCUCUCAUUCUAGCUCAUUGUUAGGGACGCUCAAAAACUACUCUGCAGAAGAGUCCUGACCGAAGAGGAGCCUGAGGCAAUCGUCAACCGGAAGGAGUAAUUCACAAAGUGAUAGUGUUCCGGGUCUGAACAGCUGAACGAUAGAGGGUCACGGAAGGUUCCGCCUCAGUGCUGAAAUGAAUCGUCACCUGUGUGUUUGGCUUUUUAGACAUUCAUCUCUUAAUGCUUAUCCCCAGCAUCACGUAAACCUGCAUUCUCAUCAGUUUAGACAGAUACAUCUCUCUACAAAGCCAUUUAGACAAAAUGGGAAUCACAUUCUCCAUCGUCUGUUAAGUAAGAAUUGGUCCAGGAGAUAUUGUCAUCAAGAUACCAGGAUGCUCUGGAAGCAUAAAGCACUACAGAAAUAUGUGGAAGACUUAAAUAAGGAGUAUCAAGCACUUGGUCAGUGUUUGCAGGAUAUCUCUUUGAAUGAAAGGAACCAAAAGUCCUUGAACCAAAGGCAUGCUGAGUUGGCACCACUUGCAGCCAUUUGCCAAGAAAUUCAGGAGGCUGAACAAACAAUUAAAGAAUUAGAAUCAAUGUGUGAAAGUCUAAAUAAACAAGAUGAGAAGCAGUUACAAGAACUUGCAUUGGAAGAAAGGCAAAUCAUUGAUCAAAAAAUCAACAUGCUGUACAGUGAGCUUUUUCAGAGUCUAGUGCCAAAAGAGAAAUACGACCAAAAUGAUGUUAUUUUAGAGGUGACAUCUGGAAGAACUACUGGAGGUGAUAUCUGCCAGCAAUUUACCCGAGAAAUAUUUGACAUGUACCAGAAUUAUUCGCACUAUAAACACUGGAAAUUUGAACUUGUGAAUUAUACACCAGCAGAUUAUGGUGGACUGCAUCACGCAGCUGCUCGAAUUUCUGGUGAAAAUGUCUUUAAGCAUUUGAAGUAUGAAGGUGGAAUUCACCGAGUCCAGCGAAUCCCUGAGGUGGGCCUGUCAUCAAGAAUGCAGCGUAUUCACACAGGAACAAUGUCAGUCAUUGUCCUUCCUCAGCCAGAUGAGGUAGAUGUGAAAGUUGACCCCAAGGAUUUGAGAAUAGAUACAUUUCGAGCUAAAGGAGCAGGAGGGCAGCAUGUUAAUACAACAGACAGUGCUGUUAGGCUUGUCCACAUCCCCACAGGGCUAGUAGUAGAAUGCCAACAAGAACGAUCACAGCUGAAAAAUAAAGAAAUAGCUUUGCGUGUGUUGAGAGCUCGGCUCUACCAGCAGAUUAUUGAGAAGGACAGGUGUCAACAACAAAGUACUAGAAAACUGCAGGUGGGAACAAGAGCCCAAUCAGAGAGAAUUCGGACAUAUAAUUUCACACAGGAUAGAGUCACUGACCACAGGAUAGCAUAUGAAGUUCGUGACAUUAAGGGAUUUUUAUGUGGUGAGAAAAGCCUGGAUCAACUAAUUCAGAGACUACUUCAAUCAGCAGAUGAAGAAGCCAUUGUUGAACUUUUGGAUGAAAACCUUAAAUCAGCAAAAUAAAUAUUUGUUUAUUCUUUAUUAGCAUUA